AUGCAGCUCUUCAUCCUUGGUCCAGCAUUUGGACUGCCGUCCAUCGACGCCGAAUGCAACGCCGCCGUCGCUCUCCUGCAGCUCCGUGCUGAGGGGUCAUACACAAUCAUCCCAACACAUGAUCAGCAAGAACAUCUCCCGCGUCUCGUCGAUGGACGGACACGAAUUUCUGGCUUCAAUAAUAUUGUCCGCCACCUCGCGAGCAAUUCCACCUUCGAUGAGUCGUCAGAACUAGACUCCGCCUCACGAGCCGACUCGCUCGCUAUCACAUCGUUCCUCGAGCUGAACGCACCGACUCUCUUGGACAUUUCCCUCUACGUCAGUUUCGAGAAUUAUCGUCAUGCUACGCGUCCUGCAUUCACAAGGAUACUCCCGUGGCACUCCAACUACAUCAUCCCGCCACAGAGACGGUCUGCUGCGCGGCUGCGAACGGAGCAAUUGGGAAUCUCGAGCCUGGACGUUGACGACGUGCAUGAGGAUAUGAGCAAUAGGCCGGCAGGAUUCGAAGCUGUCGGCAAGGAGCCUGGCUUUGAGGCGGAGACACAGAAGCGCGCAAGCCUACUCUUGCCGCGGAAGGACACUCUGAGGAGCUUGCUGCAGCGGCCUGAGAAUGCCUCUAUCUUCAAGCUGAAAGCUCUGGCCGACAAUUUCUUUGGACCUCUGCAGGAUAUACUACAUGGUCGCACAUGGCUGCUCGACACCGAAGGACCCACUGCCGUUGACUGCCUGCUGUACGGCUACCUCGGUCUCAUGCUUCAUCCUCAAGUCCCGCAGGAUUGGCUCGGUUCUACCAUGCGAAAACAGUACCAACAGCUUGCAGAAUAUACCGAGAAAUUGCAUGCUAAGCUAAACCUCGCGACCGAUGCCGAUGCCGUCCUGUCCAAGUCGGUGGUUGACGAGGUAUCACUUCCUUGGGGUGGGCAAACUGUUUCGACAUUCACCGAAACCGCAAAAAGCAUCGGUGCAGGACUCUGGGAUCAGGUUCCAUUGCUGGCCCGACCAAACUCAUUGCAGCUGCAGCAUGCUAGAGGAGUCUCGGUAUGGGAAAAGUAUCUCACAACGGCAUUGCUCUCCACGACUGCAUCGAUGGCUAUCACUCUGUUUCUGGCAGUCCGUUCUGGGUGGAUGAUCUGGCCUCAUGGCGAGGAUGUCCAGAUAUUUGGUCGCAAGCGCCUUGCAGACUUCGGCCAUCUUGGUGCUGCUCUAGGUUUUGGCAUUGGGCCGCAAAGCAGUCGUGGGCGCUGA